CUUUCUACUGAAAUCACCUUUUCAACUCGUGGUCUACAAUGCAACCGAUCGCUAAUAGGAUUCUAUUCAAAAGAAUGUGGGUCUCCAACAUCAGAACGCGCUAGCAAUACAUUGCUCUCAUCUGUGGGGCAAAUUUUCAUUACUGAAGCAAUGCCCGGCAAAGUGAUUGAGAUAGUGGCCCAUAAACGUAUUGGUGGACCGAGUAUAUUUGAUCUUAUUCAGGCGAGCCUCUAUGACAAGUUUUCCAAGCAGGAUCUGCCCAUGGCUUUGGGGUGUGUAUUUUAUUUGCAAAAUAGCGGAGUCCAAGCUAGUGUACUAUGUGAGUUGCCACAGGAACCCUAUCAUACCUUCCCUUGCCUAAAGAAGUACCAGGCAUCUUUCACCAUUGACGGUCCUAUCAUCGGUGUGGGAACUGUACUCUCUCACGAUCCGAAAAAGAUGGGCUUUAGCAUGUCCACCUUCAACUGUUGGAAUGCUAGUCGCCUGCUUACGGGACAGUUUGAAAACGAUGUAUGUCCUGAGAAAGCCACCUACACAGUAUAUUUGACGCCGGCUAAGAAGCUGUAUCGUCAAGACAAACCUGUGCACCACUAG